GUCUGGCUGCGAGGCUCACCCGGAAUGGGAAAGACUGCGAUUUCCCUGAGCAUCGCGUCCGACUUGGAGGAACAGCGCACGUUAGCGGCAUCCUUCUUUUGGGAUAAGAAUCAACCGGGAACGGGACUUGAUUCUAUUAAACAGUUUCCCUCCACUCUUGCGCAUCAACUUGCGUCCUUCAAUGAGGAGUUUAAGCUCUCGCUUGUCAAACGGCUUCGGCAGCGAGGCCUCGAGCUGGCGCAAAAUCUCCCUCUGGAGAAGCAAAUGAGCGCUCUGGUUGUUGAACCUAUGGUCGAUCUCAAGGAUUUACUGUUAUCGAGCAAGGACCGCUUAGUCAUCAUCUUAGAUGGCUUGGACGAGUGC